AUGGGCAGGACUUCCAAGGACAAACGAGACAUUUACUACCGCAAGGCCAAGCAGCAGGGCUACCGUGCGCGCUCGGCGUUCAAAUUGCUGCAGCUGGAUGACAAGUUCCAGUUUUUACAGAGCGCCACGCGCGUCGUGGACCUGUGUGCGGCCCCUGGCGGAUGGAGUCAAGUGAUUGUCGAGCGGGUGCCUACAGACAGCAUUAUCGUGGCCGUCGACCUCAUGGAAAUGGCACCGCUGGAUGGCGUGGUGCAGAUCCAGGGAGAUAUCACUCACAAGGAAACAGCUGACGAGAUCGUAGCUCACUUCCAAGGCCAGAAGGCACAAGUUGUCGUGAGUGACGGCGCGCCCGAUGUGCUUGGACUGCAUGACCUGGACGAGUACUUGCAGGCGCAGCUCAUUCUGGCAGGGCUUAAUAUCAGUCUGCACAUUCUGGAAAAAGGCGGCACGUUUGUAGCCAAGCUCUUUCGAGGCAAAGAGGUGUCGCUCCUGUACGCCCAGCUCUGCCGAUUUUUCCGCCAUGUGACUUGUGCCAAGCCGAAAACGAGCCGUAACUCGAGUCUUGAGGCUUUUGCCGUUUGUCAGCACUUUCGUUUGCCCAACGGGUUUGUGCCGGACAUGGAACGGAACUUACUGGACUUGCGGUAUAUCGAAGAUAUCGAGACUGGAGACGAAGACGAUGAAUGGUACAACAGUGGAGUAUCUGCGGAGCGUGGCGUUUGCGUCGACGUGGUGUUUAUGGGAGCUGGUGACGUGUUUGGAUACGACGCUGACCAAUCGUACUCGCUGGAUGAAGAUACAGCGAAUGACUCGACAGUGGGUUACGCGCCAAAGUAUGUUCAUCAAGAACCGUUGCAGAAGCCUAUCAACCCACCCUACGCUAGUGCUCUGAAGAAACAACAGAGCAAGCAAUAA